GCCAGUCCUCCACCUCUGCCACUUAUCUAACCCACACCAACCCUCUUUGUUCCACUCUCACAUAUCUGAGAAUCGUCGGAAUAAAACCCUAUCUUUCAGCAGAUUAAGCCAUGUUUAGGUCCCUGACUGCUCGAAGAGGCCAUGGAAUUGGGAGGUAUGAGAGAUUAGGUAAAGAAGCCAGCGCUGUUAGCCCUUUGAUUCCUCAAGAGCUGAAGAGGAGCACUAGUUUGCCUGUGGCUGCUUCAUCCAGAAAAGUUGCGACCUUUGGCGGUGGGCUCGCUAGCAAUUUAAAGAGACAGCCCACGAAGAAGGCUUCGAAGGAGAAGAGUCAUCCUCUGUUCAGCUUCAUGGAUUUUCGUCGCAAGAAGAAACCUACGUCGAGGCCCGAAUUCGCCAGGUAUCUUCAGUAUUUGAAGGAAGGAGGCAUAUGGGACUUGAAUUCCAGCAAGCCCGUCAUCUAUUACAAGUGAAACAAAUCUUAAUUGCUUCCAUUGAUUUUUUUUUUUUUAAAGUCCCUCCUGUGCAUUUGGAUUCUUGUAUCUAAUUAAUACAAGCUUUUGUUAGUUA